ACUCCACAUGUUUGGGUUAUGUGCUGAUAGUGCAUGUGUAGUUGUCGUAGUGUAACUAAUUUUUCCAAUUUAACCGAAGACUGCUAUGGUUUCUUAUAAAUAAUUAAUUAAGCACUUAUCAAAAUGUGGACUACAAUACCUCGCGCUAUAUUUAUUAAUUUAUUAGUGUCGUUAACGUUAGUGAUAGCGGGUAGAGACUUUUAUAGAAUUUUGGGAGUCUCAAAAUCGGCAAGUUUGCAUGACAUUAAAAAGGGGUACAGAAAAUUGGCGAAGGAGUUACAUCCCGACAAAAAUAAGGACGAUCCUGAGGCGUCGCAGAAGUUUCAAGAUUUAGGUGCCGCAUACGAAGUACUAUCGGACGACGAGAAGCGAAAAAAGUAUGACCGGUGCGGGGAAGAGUGUUUGCAAAAGGAUGGGAUGAUGGACAGCGGUUUUGAUCCUUUCGCGAGCUUCUUUGGCGAUUUCGGUUUCCAUUUCGGUGGAGGUGGUGAUCAACAUCACGAAACUCCGAAAGGUGCCAAUAUUGUCAUGGAUAUUUUGGUUACAUUAGAAGAUCUUUAUAGUGGCACCUUCGUUGAGAUUACAAGAAACAAACCUGUAAUGAAACCGGCAAAAGGCACAAGGAGGUGCAAUUGUAGGCAGGAAAUGGUUACGAAAACCUUAGGACCAGGCCGCUUCCAAAUGAUGCAGCAAACCGUUUGUGACGAAUGUCCCAAUGUUAAACUGGUGAACGAAGAGCGAGUUUUGGAAAUGGAAGUUGAGCCCGGCAUGGUCGAUGGACAAGAAACUAGAUUUACUGCAGAAGGUGAACCACAUAUGGAUGGUGAUCCCGGAGAUUUGAUAUUGAAAAUUAAAACACUGCCCCAUACAAUUUUUGAAAGGAAAGGAGACGAUUUGUAUACAAACAUUACAAUAUCGUUACAGGACGCCUUGAAUGGCUUCACGAUCGAUUUAAAACAUUUGGAUGGUCAUACAGUUACAAUUUCGAGAGAUAAAAUAACGUGGCCAGGAGCCAAGAUUCGUAAGAAAGGUGAAGGAAUGCCUAAUUACGAUAAUAAUAAUUUGCAAGGUACUUUGUAUAUCACGUUUGAUGUUGAAUUUCCCAAACAAGAACUGUCUGAAGAUGACAAAGCAGCUAUUAAGAAAAUUUUAAGCCAGUCUUCUAAUAACAAGAUAUAUAACGGACUGAGGGGUUAUUAACGACAAGAAAUUUAGUGAAUUAUGUAUGCACAUAAAACUGAGUGUAAUUAGUGAGAUUUGAAACUGUUUGGAAGUGAUUUUCUCGUGUUAGUUCAACUUAUGUACAAAAACUAUCUAAGCUAAUUCGACAUAAAGUAUUAUACAAAUGUAUGCAAAAUCGUACAGUAAAAAGACGUAAGGAUAAAAUUUCAAAAUCUCCUAAUAUAAAACCAUGCCCAUAUUACUUUUGUACAUACAAUAGCCGUGUUGUCAAGACUGUUAGGAAGACCAAUCCAUUAAUAUUUAAACGUGUCUUGUUACAGUCAACAGUCUAACGCUAACUUCAUUCAGUAAUUUCAUACCAAUUUGCAUGGGGCAUCUUUAAGUGUGCAAUUUGGCUGUUCACCAUCAACUAAAUAUUUU